GCCUUGGUGUGCCUUGGGGCUGCCUUUUGGGCAGAGGGGAACCUGGGACACUGGUUUUACUAAAAACUUUUCCAGUGGAAUAAAUGCAGUUGUAGGAUGUAUGUAUGCCAAAAUAAUCAGUGUAAGUAACUAGAAAGCCUUCAGUGGGUUUUCUGUAUGUGGCAUCCCCGCUAAAACUGCAGAAUUGUUUUUGAUUUAAAGAACAUUUUCUUACCUGUUGCCAUCAAGAUUUCAGUUGCCCUUCACUCUCUCUUGAGCACACCACUGUGGCUGGCUGGACUGGUGUGCAGUGACUGGGCAGAGGAGCAUGUGGGAUUGCUGGCUUAGUCCAUGUCUCUGUGUUCCUGGGGACAGCAUGAGCAGCCUCUGCUGUCCUCCCUGCUCUACACUGUGCCCACAUUGCAGGAUGGGAUGGUGCCCAUCGUAUCUCUUCAAAAGGCUGCUCCUUUGAGUGCAAAGUCCUCAAUGUCCUCACUUGGCUUUAAGCUCCACGUGUGGUACCAGCAUGUUGGGGAUGGUGAAAGCUGUUUGCCUCUGGUUUGAAUGCAAGGCAUGGGCUGGCUUGACUGCAUGCAAAAGCUGCACUACUGGAUAUUUUCAGCAGCUUCCCCUGGGUGCAUGGCACUAUUUAAAGUGAAAGUACUUUGAUUUGGAAGAGGCAAGGAUGAAGGUGAAGGCUAAUAAUGGAAGUUUAUGAAUGCAGCUGACAUCUUAGCACCCUGUGUCUUUCCCCCCCUCUUUUAAUGCUCUGUUGUUUUUCCCCCUGUGGGCAAAGUGCUGCUGAGAGUGACUGGGGUAGCUGAGUUUGGUCCAUUUAUGUGCCUAUGGAUAUAGAGGGGGCUGUUAUUUAACACUGAAAUAUGUGAAAUGAUCCAUGAAACCUCCAGGGUGAACUAUGCUAAGGGGCAGACUUUUAUAAUCUGUGGAUUAUACUCUACAAUAUAUAUAUACAUUAUAGAGUAUAUAUUUAUAGGUCAUGAGUAAUAUGGAAACCCCUCUUAUAGUUAAUAGCUUCUAGUAGAGACCCAUCCACAUAACAUUCCCAUGUGGGUGGGUGGCUGUUGGCACUAGUAGAGGGAUGAAUGACUUUUGUUUUGAUCUGGGCUUCUCAGCUAGGCCCCAGCUCCUCGUCAGCUGCAGGAUGUGGGCAGCAAUAAGGGCAGUCAGCCUAGAUUAUAAGAAAAGUCUGAUAGAAACAAGAAAUUUUCUCCUCCUCUGUUAUCUGCCUGGGCUCUCCAUGUAGGUGGCUUGGUUGGAUGUGAACCCUUCAGACAGCAAAACCUGUGUGAGGUGAAUGUGACUCACACUGAACAUCUCUUAAAGCCCGUGGCAGGUGAGGAGAAGGGGAGAUCCUGAGUCCUUUUCCACGGCCUUGAAAUGGGACCAUCCCUCCUCCUCUGCCGCUGAAGCUUCUCUGUCCCUCCUGCCUCUGCUUUGCCAAGUGAAAGUCCAUCUGGGAGGUGUCCAACAAUGUACACACACUGCCAGCUGGUUUACACUGAAACCUGGUGUAUUUCACAGAUCAGCUGAGCUUCCCCAAUGUAGCUCACUCACUGCCCUUCAGACCCCUAGGGCCUUCCUGUCUCGCAAGAACAAGGGGAGCUCCUCUGCCCCAAAAUCUUCAUCAAAAAGCACUUGCUCAGAGGUAAUGGAAGGCAAAACAGAGUGAGUUCCACAGCUGAACUCAUAUUCACAGAAUUAUUUCAAGCAGUCUGUACAUUCCUUCUACUUAUAAUUUAUUAUUAACAGUCUGAGAGGAAGAAAAAUAAUUCAUUAAACAAUCAGUAAGGCAUUCAUAAGACAUUAUUGAGAUCAGGUCUCAGGGAAACACAUGAGCCUUCACAAAUAUUAAGUUUUAUCUACUCUGUUAAGUCAUUUUACAUAGAAAAGUGAAACUUAAUCCAGCUGCUCUGUCUCUGUAGCUACUGCUCAAGGGGAAACAAAUUCAGAUCCACCAUAAUCUGACUAAUAGGUUCAAUAUCAGCUCCCUCUUAUCAGAGGCAAAGAAGCAGUUUCAUCUCAGUUUCUGCAGUCUGCCCCAUGCUUAUCUAUUCCCUGGUGGCCAGAUAUCAGAGCGGACCAGUGAGAGGAAUCUCCUUCUGGGGGCUGGAAAUUAAAAUGCCUUGCUGUGAGACCUUCUCCCUUGCCGCAGGCAGUUAGCAGGUGCUUUCUUUUCCAGAUGGGAGUGGCUCGUACUUGAGAGAAAAAGUUUCAGAAAGUGCAAUUUCUCCAAUAGCUCAAAUCUGUCUUCUUGGUUUGGCCAGCAUGGAAGCAGUAAGGCACUGCUCGGUAAUACAGCCACUCAGGAGCCCCUGCUUUCCCUCCACUAAGGGACAUCUGGUACACUUGCCUCUAACCAAUGAUGGAUGAUUUGGUUUUGUUGAGAAGCUGAAGCUCACCCACCUCCUCAGUUCUCAUCCCCAUACGUUGCUUUCCGAGCCUCUGUCAUUUGCUGUGCUGUGCAGUGCUGUGAUGAUCUUGUAUGGGAAAUGAUUUAAAAAACAUCAUAAAGACAUUUCUGGGAGCAGUGGAGUCUUCAAAGGAAAAUUCUUGGGAAGCUGGAAAUAUGGUGGGAGGGAAAAUAUAAUCUUUCUCUCAUUUCAGAUGAACUUCUGCCUUCCUUGAAAUUCCUGUGAAUUUCAAAGCCUUUGAUAGUCAUGAAACAUCAGAGGAACCUUUAUGUUAAGCAAAACGUGUGUGAAAGCAGUGCUGCUUCUGAUCCCGCCAGGAGCUGCUGCACACCCCGUUCCUCUUCCUUAUGUUUGUCUUCCCCCAGCUGAUGCAGUCAAUUUGCAUUUGUCUGGGGGGUCGUGGCUGUGCCCUUACUCUGCUCUGUUGGAUGACACCAGAGCAAAACCCAUUACAGGACUUGCCUGCAUGGCCAGUGGCCACCCCAGCUACUCCCCUGUGGGCCAGCCUCGAUGAUCCACAGGGAUGGCUGCACUCUGAGCCCUGGGAUGCCCUGCCUGCAGCAGAGUGCUCGACUCAGUUUGGUUUUGUCCCAGCCUCCCUUUACAGGAUCAUGCAGUGAGGCCAUGGCACAGGGAUUUCCUGGAAGAGCUCUGAUGGCACCAGGCACAGGUGGCAGAUUUAUAGGCAGGCACAAAUCACUGUGAAUGCAGGUCACUGAAAAGGACAGCACAGCCACCCGAGCUGGGAAAGCCUAUCCUUGGAACAGGUACAGCCUGAGCACAGCCAGUGGGGUUGGUUGGGGUAUUUCUUCCAUGUAGCAUAUCCAGCCUCAGGAGACUAUGCAGGGGAUGCCAUAGAAAUUACAAGAGCUGCAGAGCUGGAAUAUGAUCCCCACAAGCCACUCCUGAAGAGGAGCACAGAUGUCUGUGAGUAGGUACAGGCCUCCCACUUCCCACACCUCACUUCCCAGCUGCUUCCUCAUGGGUGCUUUAUCAUGCACUCCUUCCUGAAAUGAGGCUGCCAGAGAACAGCAUCUGGUCAAGCAAAGGAGGAGAGAGAAGACCACAGAGCAGAAUUCCCAAAGGUAAAGGGACUUAUCUUUUUCUAUCUGAGUGAUGGUUAUCCUGUGGAGACUGAUGCAUUCUUGUCUUCUUCACUCAGUGGGAGGGAACAGGCUGCCAGGGCUGCUGGGCAGUGGCAUGUCCAGGCUGGUCCCAUGGGGCAGCCCCUGCUCCAGCUGGCUGUGAUGUGCCCCUGCCUCAUGCUUCCCUUCCCUAGGUGCCAGCCAAGUGAAGAAGCUGCAGCCUAAAGGGGCAGGACAUGGCAUGGGCACUCCCAGGGAAAAAGUCCAGGGAAGCUGAGUUGGGAGAAGACAGUGAGAGCACUGAGGAGCCUUCCUGCCGCACAAGCAGGCUGCAGAUGAGCUCUCACCAGACUAGGUUUCACGCCACCUGCAUGAGGCCCUUCUGCUCCCAGCUGAGCUGGACAACACGAGAGACAACUCCCCGGGCCUUUGCAACCUGUGCUUUUCAUUCUGGCAAGGGAACAAAGUCAACGGACAGGUCCUUAGCUGACCUGCUGGAGUUUCCUAGUAGUCUGUUGAUGGUGCUAGCCAAGAACAUUCUGCUGUCUCCAGUAACCACAAGGAGAUUAGCAACAAGAUGGAGCCAAGUUCCUCACAGUAUUUCAUACUGGGAGCAGAAGGAUUUUCCUUAUCCAGGGGAAGAAAGAAGUGUUUUCAGAGAACAAGACUUUGCACCAGGUUCUCUGCCAGGAAUCAUGGGGGUUUUGGAUGACCUGGAGAGGCCACAUCACAUCGUGUGGACGGACACCUGUCAAUCAAGAUUUAGAAAACUGGAAAGAUCUGGGUGGAUGCCCCUUCCUGUACAGCGUCAGAAAUCUGGAGGAUGGUUACGGCUUGCAGCUGUUCCUUGACCAAUCCCAACAAUCAAUCCAGCUCUUUGAUUUGGGGCAUACUCUGUUAUAGUGUCGGUCUAUCAUUAUAUUAGAAUGUAUUUAAUUAUUAUUUCUCUCUUCUUGAGCCUCAAAUGUGCUUUUAAAUAAAUUGCAUUCACUUUUAAAAACUCUGUUUCAAGUGUAAAAAGUCUCCAGGAAAAGCAGAGGGGAUAAGAACAAAGAGGAAACUCUGAGGAUGCUUAGAAUUAGCCAAGACUCCAGUCCCAGACAGAAGUCUUUCAUCACUACAAAAUUUUCAUGUAAAUUGUAGAGCUAAAGACUAAAUUAUCCUUGAUCCAGAUUUGAUUUUUUGAACAAUGUGUUUCAGAAUCAUCCCAGUAAAGAGUGAAUGUGGAUGAAUUUGAAAGAAAGUGGACUUUAACUGCUUAACCCCAGACUUGCUAUCCAAAUCUCCUUGGUUGCCCACACUCCAUCAGUGUCAUGACUUUUGCUUUCCUUUAUGUAAGCUCUACAAAUGCCCAGUAUCCCUGACUGCACACAAAACCUCUUUCUGAGCAUCUACAGUCUAAUGAUAUUCUGAAAACUAUGUGAAGAAACACU